CAACAGUUAGGAAACACCAUUCCCACGCAACCAUCAACUACCCCAUCCAUUCGCUCUCUCUCUCUUUCCCCCACUCUCACUCCUCCAGUCCUCCUUCCCGUCGUAAGUCCCUUCUCCCACGAAACUUCCUUAACUUCUCUCUCUAACACGCCAAAGAAAGAAAGUGAAUCUCUUGUCUAUGUCAGAUAGAAGUUUCAGGCGAAGAGGUCCGGCCACAAACCGGAAGAGUAGACUACCGAAGCCCACGCUGUCGUUUCGCCGGCGAGCCCCGACGCCCAGAAUAUCAAAAACCCCAAAGUCCAUCAAAAUCCUCCAGCGAUGUCAUUCGGAGCCGAUCCUUUAUACCUUCAGACUUUUCUUGGGCGACAAGAACGACGACUACGAAGCUCAGAUACCAAAACCCGAUGCCUUCCUCUUCCGGCGCCAUCAGACUUGUAUGGACGUCUUCACAUCUCCCUUUGGGUCUCCGAUACCGUCGCCGUCUCCUCGUAGUGCCGAUGUAUAUAGUAAGGAUGCGAAAGUGGUGGUGACGGUGACGGUGGAGGGAAGCCCGGGGCCGUUGAGGACGAUGGUGAAGUUGGGAUCAAGCGUGGAAGAUACCAUAAAGGUGGUGGUCGACAAGUACAGAGAUGAACGACGGACCCCUCAUCUGGAUCGCGACGCUGCUUCCUCAUUCCAGUUGCAUCAUUCUUACUUCAGCCUAGACAGUCUUGAUAAGGCGCAAACAAUUGGGGAGGCGGGGAACAGAAGCUUCUACCUUCGAACGAGCAGCUUCAGUCGGGAAAGCAGUUUUAACUCUGAUGGUGGUGGUGUAGCUUCUUCUAAUACUGAUGUGAUGGCACAAGUUGUUUCAGUGAAAGCGAAGACUGCAACUCCAGCGAUUGCGUCUCUUCCAUUAAUAAUAUUCUCCCAAGACUUCAUUGCUCGAAAGAUACACAAGAUAGUGAGAAGAACCUGUAAGCUAUGGAAGUUAAUGGGUUGUGUGUAUUGCGAAUAGCAUUGCAUCAUUAUAUAAUGUAAAAAAGGAGGACUAAUGGAUUAACGCCUCCAUCUCCUGUACUUUGUCGGAAUUACACAUGGAUCUAAAGGAUUAAAAGAAUUAUGCCUUUC